AUGCUCCGAACUCGCCAGGCCGCAAAGGCCAUCCGGGCCGUCGCCAAUGCCCGAUCCUUCACCACCACAUCAGCCGUUGCUUCCAUUCAGACUUCAAAGAAGGUCGCCAGUACCAGGAGUCAAUCCACUGCUGCUGCACCUGCACGCGAUAUCCCCAGCCCAGGCUUCAAUGUCGAGAAGAACCAGAGCAAUGUCCAGCCUCUGGUCAACCCCCGGAAAAAUGACAUGGAUGAGUCUUUCAUUGGAAAGACUGGUGGUGAAAUCUUCCACGAGAUGAUGCUCCGACAUGGCGUGAAACACAUCUUUGGAUACCCUGGCGGUGCCAUUCUCCCUGUUUUCGAUGCCAUCUACAACUCAAAGCACUUCGACUUUAUCCUCCCUCGCCACGAGCAAGGUGCUGGCCACAUGGCUGAGGGUUAUGCCCGAGCUUCUGGCAAGCCCGGUGUUGUUCUCGUCACAUCUGGUCCCGGUGCUACAAAUGUCAUUACACCUAUGCAGGAUGCUCUGUCUGACGGUACCCCCAUGGUUGUUUUCACUGGUCAGGUCGUGACAACUGCCAUUGGUAGUGAUGCUUUCCAAGAGGCCGACGUUGUCGGUAUCUCUCGUGCAUGCACCAAGUGGAACGUCAUGGUCAAGAACGUUGCCGAACUUCCUCGACGCAUCAACGAAGCUUUCGAGAUCGCCACCAGCGGUCGCCCCGGUCCCGUCCUCGUCGAUCUUCCCAAGGAUGUUACUGCCGGUAUCCUACGGAGAGCUAUCCCUACCGAGACUGCUCUGCCUUCUCUGCCCAGUGCUGCUUCCCGCGCUGCUAUGGACGUGACCAAGAAGCAGCUAGAGGGUGCCCUCCAGCGCGUCGGCAACCUCGUCAACAAGGCCAAGAAGCCCAUCAUCUAUGCUGGUCAAGGCAUCAUCCUUUCCGAGGGUGGUCCCGAGAUCCUCAAGGAGCUCGCUGACAAGUCCUCCAUCCCCGUUACCACUACUCUUCAGGGUCUAGGUGCCUACGACGAACUCGACGAGAAGUCCCUGCACAUGCUUGGUAUGCACGGCUCUGCUUAUGCCAACAUGGCCAUGCAGGAGGCCGAUCUUAUCAUCGCUCUCGGUGCCCGAUUCGACGACCGUGUCACUCUGAGCAUUGCCAAGUUCGCUCCCGGUGCCAAGGCCGCUGCUGCUGAGGGCCGUGGUGGUAUUGUCCACUUUGAGAUCAUGCCCAAGAACAUCAACAAGGUUGUUCAAGCAACCGAGGCCAUCGAGGGUGAUGUCGCUACCAAUCUGAAGGAACUUCUGCCUCUGAUUGAGUCCAAGACCAUGGAGGACCGCAAGGAGUGGUUCAACAAGAUCAACGAAUGGAAGAAGAAGUGGCCCCUGACCGACUACGAGCGUGCCGAGCGCUCUGGUCUCAUCAAGCCCCAGACUCUGAUUGAGGAGCUCAGCAACCUCGUUGCCGACCGCAAAGACAAGACCUACAUCGCCACUGGUGUCGGCCAACAUCAAAUGUGGACUGCCCAGCACUUCCGAUGGAGACACCCUAGAUCCAUGAUCACCUCUGGUGGUCUUGGUACCAUGGGUUACGGUCUACCUGCUGCCAUUGGUGCCAAGGUGGCCCAGCCUGAUGCCCUUGUUAUUGACAUCGACGGCGACGCUUCCUUCAACAUGACCCUGACUGAGCUCUCCACUGCUGCUCAGUUCAACAUUGGUGUCAAGGUCAUUGUUCUUAACAACGAGGAGCAGGGUAUGGUCACACAAUGGCAGAACAUCUUCUACGAGGAUCGAUAUGCCCACACUCACCAGAGCAACCCCGACUUCAUCAAGCUCGCCGAGGCCAUGCGCGUCCAAAAUCGACGUGUCUCUAAACCCGAGGACGUUGUCGAUGCCCUGAAAUGGCUCAUCAACACCGACGGCCCUGCUCUGCUGGAGGUCGUCACCGACAAGAAGGUGCCUGUCCUGCCCAUGGUUCCUGUCGGUUCUGGUCUACAUGAGUUCCUCGUCUUUGACGGAGCCAAGGACAAGAAGAGACGUGAGCUGAUGAGAGAGCGUACCUGCGGUCUGCACGGCUAA